CAACUUUUCGGUUACUGGCCGCCCAAUGAUUAACUGUGUGUGUGCGCGUGCGUGUCUGACUCCCAGCUCUGUUCACAUCCUGUUAUUUUCCUCCUCUUCAGAAACAAACAGAGAAUUCCUGAGACUCGGAUAUCAUGUCCUCUGUUGUGGUGGCGUCAAACAGUUUGGAUAAAUAUGUGCAAGUGAUGAUAACGUUGCUACCUCGCUCUGUCUCUCAUAAUCAUUAUCCUUACCAUUAUUCGUUUUCACACAAACACACACUCGGUUGCGGCUCGGUGGAGUCCGUCAGUUCCCGGCCAGGACUGAAGAGGGAACCGUUGGCUUCCCUGUUUGGGAUUUAUCUUACUUUUUUUUUUAUAGCGGCACACACCGAGAAGAGGUGUGUGUGUGUGUCUCCUCUCUCUCUGUUCGCGUUGGGUGGGAACACACAUCAGGGAUUGUAGCCGUUCGGAUUUCAAUCGGGACGCUUACAAAUGAAUGGAAAUCACCACCGAACAGGACCAAGAAGACUCUUCCACCACCACCCACACCGAGCUCGCCCGAUGCCCACUGUAAUUUAGCUCCCGGUUAACACUGGGGCAAGCGUCUGCCCACGGACUGACUUCACGCGCGCCGGGCAGCAACAUAGAGAAGAAUGGAGGCGUUUUUCGCAGAGGGGGCCCGUGUAUGGGUCAAGGAGAAGGAGCAGCUGGUCCCCUCUACUGUCAGCUCCUGUGGUGACGGAACCCUGGUCCUCACUACCGACUAUGGAGAGGUAUUGUAUCUCCAGCAGGCUGAGGUGACUAGAGAGAGAGUGUACGCUAUGCAUCAGUCCAGUAUAGAUGGAGUGGAGGACAUGUCCACUCUGGCAGAACUACACGAAGCUGCCAUCAUGCACAACCUCUACCAACGCUACCAGAAAGACAGCAUCUAUACCAACAUAGGCAGUAUCCUAGCGGCGGUGAACCCUUAUAAACAGAUCCCAGGCAUGUAUGACCUAGAUAGAGUUGAGCUGUACAGUCGACACCACAUCGGAGAACUCCCGCCCCAUAUCUUCGCUGUAGCCAAUGAGUGUUACCGCUGCAUCUGGAAACGACACGACAGCCAAUGCGUCCUCAUCAGUGGGGAGUCGGGGGCUGGUAAGACAGAGAGCACCAAGCUGUUGCUGCAGUUCCUGUCUGUGAUGAGCCAGAACUCUGCUGGGACGCCUCCUUCUGAGAAGACCACCCCAGUGGAGCAGUCCAUCGUUCAGAGCAGUCCUAUCAUGGAGGCGUUUGGGAAUGCCAAAACAGUCUACAACAACAAUUCUAGUCGCUUUGGGAAGUUCAUCCAGCUCCACUUCUCCCAGAGCGGGAACAUCCAUGGUGGAUGUAUCGUUGACUAUUUACUGGAGAAGAACCGCGUGGUGAGACAGAACCCUGGAGAACGGAACUACCACAUCUUCUACGCCCUGCUGGCCGGAGCCAACCAGGAACACAGGGAGCUGUAUUUCCUGGACGACCCUCCUGAGUCAUUCCACUACCUCAACCAAUCAGGCUGUCUCAAAGACAAGAGCCUGGACGAUAAACAGCUUUUCAACAGCGUCAUGGAGGCGCUGAAGGUGAUGGAGUUCAGUGAGGAGGAGACCAGAGACGUGUUCAAACUGCUGUCUGGAGUCCUACAGCUGGGCAACAUUCAGUUCAUGACCGCCGGAGGAGCGCAGAUCACCACCAAACAGGUGCUCAGUAAUGUCAGUGACCUACUCGGGCUGGACUGCUUCCAGCUGUCUGAGGUGCUGACGCAGAGAUCCAUGAUCCUCAGAGGAGAAGAGAUAUGCUCUCCGCUCACCAUAGAACAGGCGGUGGAUUCCCGGGACUCUGUUUCCAUGGCUCUGUAUUCUCAGUGUUUUUCCUGGAUCAUUCUCCGGAUCAACCAGAAGAUCAGAGGGAAAGACAACUUCAAGUCCAUCGGAAUACUGGACAUCUUCGGCUUCGAGAACUUCCAGGUGAAUCGGUUUGAGCAGUUCAACAUCAACUACGCCAACGAGAAGCUGCAGGAGUACUUCAACAAACACAUCUUCUCUCUGGAACAACUGGAGUACAACAGAGAGGGAGUCCAGUGGGAAGCCAUAGACUGGAUGGAUAACGCUGAGUGUCUGGACCUCAUAGAGAAGAAACUGGGGAUGCUAGCAUUGGUAAACGAGGAGAGUCGCUUCCCCAAAGGGACAGACUUCACACUGCUGGAGAAACUACACAGCAGGCACUCUACAAACCCUUACUAUGUGAAGCCUCGACUGGCUGACCAUCAGUUUGGCAUCAGGCACUAUGCUGGAGAGGUUCUGUAUGAUGUCACCGGGGUUCUGGAGAAGAACAGAGACACAUUCAGAGACGACAUCCUCAACAUGCUGAAGGAGAGCAGACUGGACUUCAUCUAUGAUCUGUUUGAGAGAGUGGGCAGCAGGAACAGUGAGGAGACUCUGAAGAUGGGAACAGCCAGACGCAAGCCUACUGUCAGUUCACAGUUUAGGGACUCUCUCCACUCCCUCAUGGGCACUCUGAGUGUGUCCAACCCUUUCUUCGUGCGCUGCAUCAAACCCAACAACGAGAAGAACCCUAGCGUGUUUGACCCGGAAGUGGUUCUGAACCAGCUGAGGUAUUCUGGAAUGUUAGAAACAGUUAAGAUCCGCCGGGCCGGCUUCCCUGUCCGCAGAACCUUCAAAGACUUCUUCAGCCGGUAUCAGAUCAUUCUGCAAGAGAAGGUGAGUGGAGCGGGGGAUGAAAAGAAGAGGAGUACAGACCUGCUGACCAAAUACGACCGUGCCAAGAAGGAGUGGCAGCUGGGAAAGACCAAGGUGUUUAUGAAGGAGUCUCUGGAACAGCGUCUGGAGAAAGAGAGAGACGAGGUUCGCCGUAAAGCAGGCAUGGUCAUCAGAGCUCACAUCCUCACCUACACCGCCAGGAAGCACUUUAAGCGUGUGAAGGGGAGCGUCGUCACCCUCCAGGGGUACCUUCGUACCCACAUACAACGGAAAUGGUUUCUACGGCGAUGCUUGGCAACGCGGGUACUCCAAAAACACAGACGAGGACAGGUGGCCCGCGCAAGCUGCCACAAACUCCGAGAGGAGAGGAGGAAGCGAGAGGAGGAGCAGAGGAAGAAGAGAGAGCAGGAGGAGGGGAAGAAGGAGGGAGAGGUGGAAGGAGAGAAGGAGGGAGGAGUAGAAGCAAAGGCUGCUCAGGGUUCUGAGAAAAAGGAAGGAAAGACGGAAGAAGAGGCCCGUCAGAUGGAGGAGAUCUUGCGUAUAGAGUUGGAGAUCGAGCGCCUGCAGAAACAGAGGGAGGAUGGGGUCUCCCAGCUCUGUGAGUCCUCCAGGCAGGAGCUCCGGCUACGCCGGGACGCAGAGAUCAAGAGGCUGAAGAAGGAGGCCUCUCGUAAGGCCACAGAACUAAUCGACCUCCUGGAUUUUGGAGGUCUGGAUCCCAGUUUAGCCACCGCUGCUAGCGCUAGCGCAGAGCGGCUCCAGGAGGGCCUGGCAUGGCCAUGUGUAACCCAGGAGGAGGAGGUGGACGAGGGCUUCCAUGCCGAGGAGGAGUGCACUGUCCCUCUCCUCCCAGACUUCCCUCCUCCAGCCGAGGCUGACGCUGCCGUGGACCAGGAUAUGUUCGCCCACCUGCCGCCCCCUCCACCCGCCUUCGCUGAAGGCUCUACUGCUACACCACCUCCCCCUCCCCUCGAUUCAUCCUCACCCACUCCCGUCCCUCCCCCGCCUCCCCCCUUACCAGCUGAAGAUGGCUCUGCCACCCCUCCCCCACCAUUGCCUCCUGGAGAGGGGGAGGGAAAAGAAAAAGAGGGGGAGAAAAAAGAGGGUGAUGUAGGGAGGACAACGAGUAUCUUGAGCCUCGGAGAAGGGGAGGAGCCGAUCUACAGCAUGCCGGUCGACAGCGGCGAAUCAGAUUACGACGAGGAGGAGGGCUCUGUCACCGCGGGAGACGAUGGUUCCGCAUCCGGGCAGAAUAGCAACAGAGGCAGCGCGGCCAUGACGGAGGAAGAAGCUCUGAGAAAGUCCACGUGCACCAACGCCAGCAUAGAGUCUUACAGGGGCAGCUCUGACUCAUACAUAGAGAGUGAUGAUGAGCAUGAUGGGCUGUUGGACACCGAUGAGGAGGUACACAACGGCAGGGUCACUCUUCUCAACGGGAACGGACCUCCGUACUUCCAUAGCUACCUCUACAUGAAGGCUGGUCUGAUGAUCCCAUGGCGCAGGCGGUGGUGUGUGUUGAAGGAUGAGACCUUCAUGUGGUUCCGCUCCAAACAGGAGUCCCUCAAGUCUGGCUGGCUCCAUAAGAAGGGAGGAGGACUGUCCACUCUGUCCCGCAGGAACUGGAAGAUGCGAUGGUUUGUUCUGAGGGAACACAAACUGAUGUACUUUGACAGCGACAGCGAGGAGAAACUGAAGGGAACCAUCGACAUCCGCGCCGCCAAAGAGAUCGUGAACAACCAUGAGAAGGAGAAUGCUUUGAACAUCGUGACAGAUGAGAGGACGUACCAGGUGUUUGCUGAGUCGCCAGAAGACGCCAGCGCGUGGUAUAACGUCCUCAGUAAGGUUCAUGUGUAUACUCCCGAGCAGCUGAUGGACAUGUCUCAUGAACAGGCCAACCCCAAGAACGCUGUGGGAACUCUGGACGUGGGGCUGAUUGACUCAGUCUGUGCCUCUGACAACCCAGACAGGCCCAACUCCUUUGUGAUCAUCACAGCGAACCGUGUGAUCCACUGUAACACUGACACUCCAGAGGAGAUGCACCACUGGAUCAGCCUGCUGCAGAAACCUAAAGUAGACUCCAAGAUAGACGGACAGGAGUUCCUGGUUCGGGGUUGGCUCCAGAAGGAGAUGAAGACAGGAACUAAGAGUAAUGUUCUGAAGCUGAAGAAACGCUGGUUCGUGUUAACCCAUAACUCCCUGGAUUACUACAAGAGCUCUGAGCGAAACUCCUCCAAGAUGGGAACCCUGGUCCUCAACUCCCUCUGCUCUGUCUUUCAACCUGAGGAACGAGUGCACAGAGAGACAGGGUACUGGAACAUCGUAGUGCACGGUAGGAAGCACUCGUAUCGCCUCUACACCAAGAUGCUGAAUGAAGCUCUGAGAUGGAUAGCAGCCAUACAGGCAGUGAUAGACAGCAAGACACCCAUAGAAACACCGACGCUACAGCUCAUCAGAGAUAUCAAGGACAGCAGUUUGAACCCUGAGGCGGUGGAGCAGACCUACAGGAGGAAUCCCAUCCUCAGAUACACUCAGCACCCUCUACACUCCCCCCUACUGCCACUACCCUACGGAGAAGUCAUCCAGAGGCAGCAGGGCUAUGCCAGUCUUCAGGAUGAAGCGAUCCGAGUGUUUAACUCUCUUCAGGAGAUGGAGACUCUGGCAGACCCUGUUCCUAUCAUACGGGGGGUACUGCAGACCUGUCAGGACCUGAGACCUCUCCGAGACGAGGUAUACUGUCAGGUGAUCAAGCAGACCAAUCACGUGCCUCAGCCCAAUCAGCCCAAUCAGCGGGCUCAUUGGCACCUCCUCACCUGUAUGAGCUGUACCUUCCUCCCAAGCCGGACCAUCCUCAGAUACCUGCGCUUCCACCUCAAAAGGGUGCGAGAGCAUUUCCCCAACACAGAGAUUGAGCGUUAUUCUGCUUUUAUCAAUGAGUCUCUGAAGAAGACCAAGACCAGGGACUUUAUUCCGUCUCAGGAGGAGAUCGUGGCCCUACUGGUGAGGCAGGAGAUGACAACUACAGUCUAUUGCCAUGGAGGAGGCUCCUGCAAGAUCUCCAUCAAUUCACACACCACCGCUGGAGAGGUGGUAGAGAAGUUGAUCCGCGGCCUGGCCAUGGAGGACAGUAGGAAUCUGUUCUCUCUGUUUGAGCACAACAAGGUGACGGACCGAGCUCUGGAGAGCAGGAUCAUAGUGGCUGACGUCCUCGCCAAGUUUGAGAGGCUGUCAGGGACUGAGGAGGAGGAGGAGGAAGGACAGUGGAGACUCUAUUUUAAACUUUACUGUUUCCUCGACAUGGAGAGCAUGCCAAAGGAAGGGGUGGAAUUUGCCUUCAUGUUUGAGCAGGCCCAUGAGUCUCUGAUCAGUGGUCACUUCCCGGCCCCAGAGGAAACUUUGCAGCAGCUAGCCGCUUUACGGCUACAGUAUCUCCAUGGAGACGGGGCCAGCCGCGCUGGGUGGAGCCUCGGUAGUGUUUACCCAAUGGGGCGCCUCCGCUCGCGCAUCUUCCACUCCACCAAACAGGGAGGCGCGGCAGGAGGAGAGGGAGGAGGAGGGCAGGUGGGAAGUGUCAAGGGGGACGGGCAGGAUAGAAGGAGAACCCCCAGCUUUCUGGAUGGAAGUCUGAGGCGCAGCUUCAAGACGGGCUCGCUGAAGAAACAGAAGGAGGAAGAGGGACAGCAGGUAGAGAUGUGGGUGAAGGAGGAGACAUCGGCAACCAGAGCCCAUGUUCUGGAUAAAUGGACCAAGUUACAGGGACUCGCCCAGCACCAGGCUCUGCUCAAAUACAUGUCCAUCGUCAAAGAGUGGCCCGGAUAUGGCUCUACACUUUUCGACGUGGAGUGUAAGGAAGGAGGUUUUCCCCAUGACCUGUGGCUGGGUGUGAGUGCUGACAACCUGUCUGUGUAUAAGAGAGGGGAACCCAAACCUCUGCAGACGUUCCAGUAUGAGCAGAUCACAUUCUUUGGAGCUCCACAACCCUGCAUCUACCAGAUCACUGUCGACGGCAACGAUUUGUUCUUCCACACUCCAUUGGUGAUGGAGAUUGCUAAGAUCAUGAAAGCCUACAUCAACAUGAUGGUGAAGAAACGCUGCAGCAUCAUGUCUGUCUCCAGCGUCGCCAGCACCUUCGUCAGGUGAUCAACCAGCAGCCAGUCAGAGCCCUCUAUUCAACAGUACAGGCCUAUCAGAGAGAGGCAGGAAGUGGAUACAAUCCACAGAUUGGUCGGUUGGUUGUUUUUUUUGGUGGAGUCAGCUGAUCUUGGAGAGGGGCAAUAACAAAACAGCGGACAGUCAGGGAUCUAAAAUGGCAUCCGAUUUCACAAAACGAAAAGGGGAUGGACACUGCAGCUAACUAUUCUAGACUUGGGAAUUGGGUGGAUUGGGUUAAAUAUCUGUUUGUUAACAAUGAGCAUGGAAAAUGACCCAUUUUGGGGAGGACAACUCCAGCACCUCCCAACCCCCAGUUACCCUGCAUGUCACUGUCUUACAGACAGCAGGUCCAGCAAGCACAUUCUAACUCAACCUUACUUCAUCUAAAUAUAUCUUAUUACGCCUUUUAUAUCAAUCUCUCCUCUCUCUCUCUCUCCUCUGUCAUCCCUCUCUCUGUUCUCUCUGGACCAAACCCAUACCAACGAUAAGCACAAUAGUCUAGUCAAGCCAUACCACCUGCAAAGCCCUGUCGACCCCUUCUCAACCCCGAUAACACACUCCCAGUCGCAGUCCCAACACACUGCCAGCUAGGAGAGAUCAAAUGAAGCCUGUUACUAUUUAUAUCUUCCUUCCUCUGUCUCUUACCCUCUCUCCCCCAUUUGAUAUAACUCUCUCUUUCUCUGUCUGUGUCCCCCAUUUCACCUGCUUCACUCUCUUCACAGUUAAGUGUUCAUUUAUUCUCUGUUGCUUGCUUGCUUCCUUUCCUCUCUCUUUCUCUCACUCAAUCUCUCGUUCAUCUGCUGUUGUCCGUGGUGACUGAGAUAAAGGACUCACUGUGUUUUGUGUUUUCAUCUCGGGGUCAAAUGGAAAAUCAGGUCCCUUCUUCAUCAGACUGCACAGUACUUACUUCCUGUGUCAAAGGAAGUGACAUCACAUAUGGUCAAAGGAAGUGGCCUCAUACAAACCCCCUCAGAGAACCAGGGCUGGAGGCCCAUCCAGGGCCUUCUCCCUGGGAUCAUCCUGACUCAGAGGCUCUUUCAAGGGGUAGCUGUCUGGCUCAGUCUGGGGGGAAGCUCCAUGGGAGGAGAAUGAAAAAUGUUGACUACAAGAUCAACCAAGGGAGAUUGAGAGAGCUUUCUCCUAUAAUAUGUCUACAUACUAUGAACAUCACAUAUAUUAUAUAUUCAUGGCCAACCUAUACAUACACACAUACACUAAUCAAAUACUUAUCGUUUUUCUAUAUCGCACCCAUAGGAACCCUACAUAGAUUUUGGUGGUCACUGGACUGUAUGUAUAUAAAUACCAUUAUAAAUGCCAUUUGAUUAAUUUAUUGAAUGUGUAAACUAAAUGCGAAUGAACAGAGAUAUUCACUGCUGUAUGUCUAAUAUGCCAACGCACCCUUAUUCACUAGCAGUGCCAUCUGACUAAAUCACAGAGAUAUAGAGGGGUUUCACUUCUUGAUGUAGAAUGGGUAGAGUUCAGUCGCGGCGGUCAUAUUGGUAGGGCGGUUUGGGAUGGUUGCCUACAUGCGUUUCUCUGUACUCUGGUGAAAUGUAGCCUUCGUAUCAUCCUUCUGGCUCACGUUUCCAUAUCGGUGGGUACUUUUCUUUUUAAAACAUGAGGAAUCUACAAUCUUGUCUUCUCUACCCAUUCUGUUUCUAUGCUAUGUGACUGUUCUGCAGUUCAUGUGUGAAUAGAACCUGUUUUAAGUCAUGUGACUAGUGUACUGUACGUUCCCAGUGUCACCCCUCCUGCAGUGCUGUGUUUGGAAUGCUAACGUGAGCGUGUGUAUCUGUGUCAUAAUGCAGGUGACUAACUAACUACCCCACCGGGGGAAGAAGGGAACCAUAUGAAGAAAAGAAAGAAAGUGUGUUGUUGAGAAAUAAGAGUAUUAUGUAUCUGGAUAACCUUUAUAAGAGAAUGGUGUUGUGAUUUUAAAUGGGGGAAGAGUUUGGGGAGGGAGGGAAGGGGAGGAUGGGGUAUUUAUUUGUUAUAAUUAUUGCAGAGGGAGGGAGGGGAUAUGGUUACAGUAUGGAAUUCUGAGGAGGUAUGCUUCUAGGAAAUAGGAAUUCAGAAUUCUGGGAACAUGGGAAUUUUGUUUGUUUCUGACUGUGUGUCGUCACUGCUUGUGGGCCUAAGCCCCCUGGAGGACCAGUCUAUAGAAUCAGAAUUACUGGAAAGGAAAUUCCAAUUCAGAACAACAUUCCAUCCUGUGUUCCAGUGGACCAUUUGGAAUGACCGAAAAAUCCAGUUUUUGCAGGCAUGUGUAGCCUACAUGAAUACAUGUGUUUUGGCAGACAGGUCGGAAUGUCAAUUAUCAUCAAAUCCAGUGAAAUUCGGGAACUGUGUCCUAUCUAGGUAUUCUCUUUCUAUGGCCCUGCCUCUCACACUGCUAGUACACAAAGUAAGAUGAAGUUGCCUCUUGACACUGAUCUAAGGCAGUGGAGGUUGCUGAAGGGAAGAAGGCUCAUAAUAUUGGCUGGAACUGAGCAAAAGGAAUGGCAUCAAACAGAUGGAAACCAUAUGUUUGAUGUAUUUGAUACCAUUCCAUUGAUUUUGCUCCAUUACCACAAGCCCAUCCUCCCCAAAUAAGGUGCCACCAACCUCCUGUGAUCUAUGCUCAGUUUUGCGUUUCACACCCAAAUGGUAAGGGUAAGCUGAUCCUAGAUCUGUGUCUAUGAGCAACCUCUAUACCGAGGUCCUUUUCCAGCCGCAGGCGGCCAGAGUAGGGCCUGACUGUAAUCUGUCAUGGUUCAUAUUAAUUAUUAUCAUUAUAUAUUGAAACAUUGUGAUUGUUUGAGAGAAAAAAAGAGAAAGAGAGAGAAAAUUGUUGUUGUUCUUUUUUUUUGUAACUGGCUUUACAAACUUAUGCUUUAAUAAAUUAUCGGAAAUUGUCCAGUCUUCUCUUCUAUACACGCACGCACGCAACACACACUUACGCACGCGCACACAGCUGACUUGAUUGUUCUAUUUCAGGGUGACCACAAAAUGGUCCAUAUUUAAAAUACACAAAUGCGGGACAGCGGAAUGUUUUUGCGGGCCAGUGCAGCCUACAUGAAUACAUGUUUCUGGCAGACAGUUCGAAAUGUCAGUCAUCAUCAAAUGAAUAGGAAGUCUGACUGAAAUACGCAACAAAUCUAGUGGUGUUUUAAUUUGUUGAUAACAUUUUACGGGACAGCAGAGAAAUGGCUAACAUUUGGGACUGUCCGGUAUUCUGGGACAUGUGGUCACCCUAAUUCCACAUGUCAUUGGUUGGGCGCGCGCAGGGAGAAAGGAGGACAGACCUUUUUGUCUUACCUCAACAUCACUUCAAGGGUUUAUUUUCUUAAAACGGAUUGUCUCUCUCCGUGUUGUUACUUAAAUAAGACAACUUUUUCAACUCACGAGUAGCGCCAUACACGACUGGAUAUUUUACUGUCAGAUUUGAACGUUUCAAUAAAUGAUGGAUUUGAGGAGUUUAGUAGGCCUACCUGCUGUUCUGCUACUCUUCGGUUUAGUCACUGUGUUCUCGCAAACUGCCGCACCAAGUAUAGUGUGUGAGACUAAGAAUGGAACAAACUGUGAGGAAUGUCUAACGAUUGUGACGGUCUACGAGGUUCGAUGCCAAGAUGGAGAGACGGACCAAUAAGAUGAAGGGGAAACAGGAAGAGAGAAAGGCAGAGAUGAAGAUGAGGCAUGAAGAAAUCAGAUCGAAAUAUGGUCUCAGUGGGUCCAACCCGUACUCCAAAUUCUCUUGAGCUGAUAUUUGAACACUAUCAACUGCCUGCCUUCUCUUCACCUCUGACCUUUCAUCCAACCCCCCCCCAAGGACUGUUUUAUGCUCAGCUUACCCUCCCCUAAACCAUUAAUCAUAAAAGUCUUAGAGGUGUUUUAAAGGUUUUGUAUAAAUUCAGACCGUAGUCUAUAAUAAUAAUUUCCUGCUAUUCGUAUGAUGUUAGGAAUUUGUUAGUGCUUAAGAUCCCGUUCAAUCUCUUUAACCGUUUGAGGAGAAUACAUGAAACUCACCUUGGAUCAAAGUUUUGGGACAACCUGUUAUACAACAUUAUCUGCCCAUGUAACACUGGUCAUUAAACAUUGUGUUGAAUGUAAUGAACAAAGUAUCCUACGAAUUCUUAGCUAGAACAAGUUCUGCGCUGCUUGGUGAGUGGUGCAGUGCAGAACAUGUCUUGCAGUGCAGACUGUUGAGAGCAGUGGAAAGGUGCACCUUACCUUAUUUAUACCAUCUUCCUUCAGUGACUACUACUGUAUUAUAAACUCAUGAUGGUAUUUGAGGGUUACUACUUGGUUAUUGGAGAUCUUGCCUAUGCUCUACUUGAUUGAGAAGAUACACUCCAGAAAAGUUGACCUUCUCUAUGUGUAUUUAUCUUAUGGUGAUCUAUCGGAAAUGUGUCCAGUGCCCACCUGUACUCCAUCAAACAAUAAACUUGUAUAGAUGUAUUGUUAUUCUAAUUUAAACCAGAAUUGUACUUAAUGAUGCACUAUGCAGAAGUUCCUCCAUUUCCUGCUUGCUAAAAUUCUAAUAGUUCACCUAAUUUCAGUUUGUGACAAAACAAGCAAGUAUAGUUUAUAGAAUCAUUGUACCAUCUAAACAGCUGUGAAAUAUGUUUUCCAUACGGUAAGCAUAGAAAUAAUGCACAUACAACAGGUCUGCCGCUUCUUAGACUUGCAUUCAAAGAGGGUGACAGAUCUAUAACUCACAUUUCUAUGUGAAUUUGGUCUGGUCGCCCAAAAAGUUACAUAUUGCAGCUUUAAAUAGGAGGGUAUUCAGAAGAGUUGAAUGCUCAAAAUUGCAGAUAGAAAUGUACCCUGCCAUAUAGAAUGUACACACCUUGUAAAACGAGACACAAAGAAUGUCGGACCUAAGUAAUAUAUUUCUACCUGUGACAGCUUUCUCAUUACAGAAGCCAGCUACUUCAGUUAGAAUCUUGUCAGGCCAAAUUAAUCAAUUUUUUAUUGAUGUCAAGUUGUGUAAUAAAUGACCCUUUUUCUGUUGAUAGAGCAAAUCUAUUUUUACUAAAAUUAAACUUUCCACUAUGUAA